CAGUUUGAGUGUCCGUGGGAUUCAGAGUAUCUGUGGGAUUCAGAUUCAGUUCGGUUUUGACUUUCGGCGUGAGUGCAACGUGUUUUUAGUAAGAGCCAGCAACAACAACAACAACAGCAACAGUAACUGAAACAAAAACACAGCAGUAGUGAGACAAGAACAGCAAAAGCAACAACAAGUGACGUGCAACGACAACAACAAGCAGCAUGUGUUGCAUGCAGUGAACAAAAUACCAAACAAGAGGAGAAAACAUAAACACAAGUAUUCUAUUAAUAUUUGAAGCAAGAAAAAGGCAAACUAAAACUAAAAGUGAACAAAAACAACAAAAUAAACGAGACCAAAGUGUAUGUGUGCGCGCUUGAACUGCUCCCAGGAAAAGUUCUCGUAACGCCCCUGAAAAUGUGUUAAGAACCCCGGCAGAAAACCUGCACUUAAACAGAUAAAAGCGGAAACUCUCUCAGCACCAUGGACAUGACCAAACAGAUCGUGGACUUCGAGUUGAAGUCGGAGGGCGAGGUGGAGCAGUACGAGCCGAGUGACUACACAAUGGCUCCCCUGGAGGAGCCCAAGAUGGCGGUGGAGCCUCAGUUGGAGGAGCCAGAGGAGCUGGACAGAAAAUACUCCCCCGAAAGGGUGGCAGACUCCACUUUGGAGGAUCAACGGGAGGAAGUUCCCCAGAUGGACAAAGAUGGAGAUACAGAGCCAGUGGCACUCGUUAAUUCACCAGAAAAUAAAGAUACAGAAACGGUGCUGGUGAAGCCCAAGGAGAGUUCGGUGAACGAUCAACCCUUGACCCCGCCACCGCGACCUUUGACCUCCAGCGAAGUGGUGGGUCUCCGGGAUCCCGACGAUCCCGAGUUGCGCCUGCGCCUGGAGGCCAAGAAAUCGCGCUCCCUGCCGGUUUCCCCGCAGCCGCAGCAGAGCCUCAAGUUGGCUGGCUCGGCUCUCUUCGAAUUCGGCCAGAGACCCCCUCCGGUGGAGGCCAAGAUCAAAGCGAAUCCCGACCUGAAGCCGCCGAGGCGAAAGAUGGCUCCUCCGAGCGGCGGCGGUGGCGAUAAUCAGCAGUUUUGCCUGCGCUGGAACAACUACCAGUCGAACCUGACCAACGUCUUCGACGAGCUGCUGCAGAGCGAGUCCUUCGUGGAUGUCACUUUAUCCUGCGAGGGCCACUCGAUCAAGGCCCACAAAAUGGUGCUCUCCGCCUGUUCGCCCUACUUCCAGGCGCUCUUCUACGACAAUCCCUGCCAGCACCCCAUCAUCAUCAUGCGGGAUGUCAACUGGUCGGAUCUGAAGGCCCUGGUGGAGUUCAUGUACAAGGGCGAGAUCAAUGUGUGCCAGGAUCAGAUCAAUCCGCUCCUGAAGGUGGCAGAAACCCUGAAGAUCCGCGGACUGGCGGAGGUGAGUGCGGGCAGGGGCGACGGGGGCGCCUCCGCGCAUCCCAUGUCCGUCUACGACGACGAGGACGAGGAGGAGGAGCUGGCCUCGGCCACCGCCAUCCUGCGGCAGGACGACGAAGCCGAUCCCGAUGAGGAGCUGAAGGCCAAGCGACCCAGGCUGCUCCCCGAGGGAGCCCUGGAUCUCAACCAGAGGCAGAGGAAGCGAUCGCGGGACGGCAGCUACGCCACGCCCAGUCCCUCGUUGCAGGGCGGCGAGUCGGAGAUCUCGGAGAGGGGCUCCUCCUCGACCCCGGGACAGAACCAGAGCCAACCUUUGGCCAUGACCACCUCGACCAUCGUGCGCAACCCGUUCGCCUCGCCGAAUCCCCAGACCUUGGAGAGCAGGAACAGCGGAUCGUCGGCCGGGGGAAAUCAGAGGAGCUCCCCGCCUCCGAACUCAUCGGGCCAUAGCAAUGGAAACGCCGGCAGCGCCAUGCUUUCCCCGCCGGGAGCAGUGGCCGCCCAGUCCGCCCUGCCGCCCCACAUGGCCGCCGCCGUGGCAGCCGCCGCCCACCAUGCCGCCGCCGUGCCCCCGCCCCCGCCCGCCAUGCACCAUCAUGCCGCCGCCGCUGCCGCCCAGCAGUUGGCCGCCCAGCAUCAGCUGGCCCACUCGCACGCGAUGGCCAGCGCCUUGGCCGCCGCCGCCGCCGGAGCGGGAGGAGCGGGCGGAGCGGGAUCCGGAAGCGGAUCGGGAGGAAGUGCCCCCAGUGGCGGAGCCGGAGCAGCGGGAAGUGCAUCCGCUUCCUCGGUGGGUUCCCAUCACGAUGACAUGGAAAUCAAACCAGAAAUCGCCGAGAUGAUUCGCGAGGAAGAGAGGGCCAAGAUGAUCGAGAGUGGAGGACAUGGUGGCUGGAUGGGAGCCGCAGCUGCGGCAACUGGAGCAGCUUCAGUGGCGGCAGACAGCUACCAGUACCAGUUGCAGUCCAUGUGGCAGAAGUGCUGGAACACCAACCAGCAGAACCUGGUGCAGCAGCUGAGGUUCCGCGAGCGGGGACCUCUGAAGUCCUGGCGUCCGGAGGCCAUGGCCGAGGCCAUCUUCAGUGUCCUGAAGGAGGGACUCUCCCUCUCCCAGGCGGCCCGCAAGUUCGACAUCCCCUAUCCCACCUUCGUCCUGUAUGCCAAUCGGGUGCACAAUAUGCUGGGUCCUUCGCUGGAUGGCGGCGCCGAUCCUCGACCGAAGGCCAGGGGUCGGCCCCAGAGGAUCCUGCUGGGCAUGUGGCCCGAGGAGCUCAUCCGCAGCGUCAUCAAGGCGGUGGUCUUCCGGGACUAUCGCGAAAUCAAGGAGGACAUGGGUGCCCACCAAUACGCCAAUGGACAGGCCCAUGGUCCUUAUAUUGGAGGAGGAACGACAUCGAAUGGCUACCACAGUGCAGCGGCGGCCAAGAUGGCGGCCCAGAACGCCUCGCUGGCUCCUCCGGACGCGGGAAGUCCGCUGAGCUCCAUGACGGAGACCCUGCGCCGGCAGAUCCUGUCGCAGCAGCAGCAGCAGCAGCAACAGCAGCAGCACCACCAGCAGCAGUCGCACCACCAGCAGCAGCCCUCGCACCACCAGCAGCAGUCGCCGCACGGACAGUCGAUGAACAUGUACAAGUCGCCGGCCUACUUGCAGCGCUCCGAGAUCGAGGAUCAAGUAUCCGCCGCGGCGGCCGUGGCAGCGGCGGCUGCCAAACACCAGCAGCAGCAGCAGCAGGGUGAGCGGCGGGGCUCGGAGAACCUGCCCGACCUCAGUGCCCUCGGACUGAUGGGUCUGCCCGGGCUGAACGUGAUGCCCUCGCGGGGAUCGGGCGGUGGCAGUGGCGGCUCUGCUCCCAACAGCGCCGCCUCCUACGCCCGCGAGUUGUCCCGCGAAAGGGAGCGGGAUCGGGAGCGGGAAAGGGAAAGGGAGCUGUCCCGCCAGUACGGCAGCCAGUCGCGGGGAUCGAGCUCUGGUUCGGGCAGCGCCAAGUCCCUGAACGCCAGCCAAAGACCCGGAGCCGCCUCGCCGUACUCCGCCGCCCACUACGCCAAGCACCAGGCGAGCGCCUACAACAAGCGCUUCCUGGAGAGCCUGCCCGCUGGCAUCGACUUCGAGGCCAUCGCGAACGGCCUGCUCCAGAAGUCGGUGAACAAGAGCCCGCGCUUCGAGGACUUCUUCCCGGGUCCCGGCCAGGAUAUGAGCGAGCUCUUCGCCAAUCCCGAUGCGGCCGCUGCGGCGGCUGCCUACGCGCCACCGGGUGGUGCAGGUGGUGGCUCCAUCCGGGAGUCGCCGCUCAUGAAGAUCAAGCUGGAGCAGCAGCACGCCCCCGAACUGCCGCACGAGGAUUGAAUCCUGGGCAGGGGCGGGGCAAGGGGCGUGGCGGGGUGGGGCAAUUUUUAAGAACCCAAACAGCAAGUGAAAUCAAACGGGGGCAAAGUAAUCCUUGGAUGACAGUAAGUAGUUAUGAUUUUGGAACCAUAAAGAAGGAGUUUGUUUUAAGUAUGAUUUCUUAGCUACAAAAUAAUAAUAGUAACUAAUUUGCUACCUAAAAAAACAAUGUUUUAGUUAAGGGAAACAUGCAAUAUAUUUAAAAAUGUUGUCCACUUUAAAUAUCCAAAGGUUACUUUCCCUUCAGAAAUAUUUGCCUGAAUAAAAAGCCACCCUAGGAACCACAAAAAAAAAUAUAUUUGGACUGCUACUUGAACCCCAACGUUUUUAGUGUUUAGUGCUUAGUUGAAGUUGCUAACUGGUUUUUAUGCCUAGGCUAGUUUUAGAGCGUAACGUGGAGGUAUAAAGUAUUAAUCUAUUAUUAAAGCACAACCCGAAACCCCCACAAAUACAAACACAAACACACACACACACACGCACACACACAUACUUCGGAACUUUCCUGUAAGGAUAGGAUCUCGUACUUUGUCUUAUUUAUUUUCGAGAGAAAUCGUUGCGUUGAUUGCCUUUUUUGCCACGCGAAAAAUAAUAAUAAUAAAUAGGAGUAACGAUAACCGUAACCGUAAACCAUUAAAUUUACGACUAGAGACUUGUGCAUUUCUUAAAUGUAGCUUAACCCUAGAAUAGCUCACAAAAACAAAACACACUGAAUGUUGUCAAAUCUGGUAAUUACAACUUUAUAUAUAUAUACAAACAUACAUAUAUAUAGUUAUAUAUGCAAACACUUUAGAUACAUAAACCCACACACACACAGAUAGAGGUGCAUACCAACGCACGUACAUACAUAUACUUAUAUUAAUGGUAUUUCCAAAUGUAACUGUAAAUAAUGUACAAAUUUCCAUAGCUUUAGGCUUCGACUUAAUCUUAGACUUACCCCAAAAAGCCCUUCGCAGCACUUCUUCUAUGGUAAUCGUAUUGUAAAUGAACGAAUGAGCAAACAACGCAGGCAGCAUCACAUUAAAUUUGUGCUAAUUUUAUGUAAACAUCACCCACACAAUCACACCCGAACACACAGACACACAGAUACACAGAUACAAUACCAUCGCACAAGAUACACUCGCCUGUCAGAUAUGCAUACGUAUUGUCCGUACUCUGUGAGUGAACUAUUAUUAUUAUUAUGCCUAUUAUUACGAUUAUUAUUAUUAUCUAUCCCAAAAGAUGCGAGAGGCAUUCUUGAGUUUAGUUAAACCGUAAAUUAUACAACAAUAAACUGAAAAUAAAAACAAAUUGUAAAACUAAA